AUGUGGGUUGACAGAGCAGGGCCUCCAAUUUCCAAACCGAUCAGGACCGCCGUGCCGGAUAUCUCCAGAAAUCGUUCAAAAUCUACCGAGAGCCGGCUUUUGGGCGCCAUACUGGAAGUACUAAUGACUCCACGACUGUGGCAGUUGGGUAGGCCCGAUCAACAGAAUUCUGGUCACACAUGCCUGUUCAAGGUUCUCACUCAUAUAGAACGUCGAAUUUAG